GACAGUAAACUCCUGCAACGUUAGUGGAAAUGGCCGCCAGUCAGGUGUGGAGGUUAACGCGCUAUGGGCGCUUCACUCCAGGCUCUACAGGGGGAAGCCCUGGAAGGUAACUGAAACGUGACGUAUUUGAGGCAAAUGGCAAUAAACCAGACAUUUUCCUUACAAUUGUGGAAUAUGGAUACUUGCUAGUAAUGCAAGGACAGGAGAGCUUGGAUACAAUCCCUUUACUCUGUGGAUCGGAUUUUCUCAAAGUACACCAGAAAUCUGAUAACCUGAUGCUUCGAUAUAAUGUGGAGGGAGAGAGCCGCAUGAUGAGGAUGCAGUUUGAUGGAAGUAGCAGGGCAGAGGCAAUAAAGGAGUGUUCAAGUGCUGUGGAAAAACUGACGAAGUACAUGUCUGUCACCACUCAGGAUGACACCCCACUGCCCCCUAAUCAGUUCCCCGCUGAGGUCUCCGCACCAGUGAUACAGACUUGGCAGGGAAAGGCUGUGGAAGUUGAUCCUGAGGUUGUCCAAGGAUCAUUGUCCAUCAAGCGUCUUACCCAGCACAUCUUGGGAGAGACUGUUGUGACUCUACCUCAAGUAUAUCGCCACGGUUCUUUGGCUCAAGGUGACUUGGAGCCCAUCCUGCGCGUGUGUCUGCUGGAUCCCAGCUUUCAUGCAUUUGUGGAGAAAGUGGAGGGGGAGCUGAGGAAACUGCUCAACAACAGCUGA